GCGACGCAGGAGCAGGCCGUCCGGCACUGCGGCCAGCUUCGCCUCGACGCGCACGCACAAUGGGAGCACCAAAGUACACUUCCCGACGGCGCUCGCAUGCAGGCCGAGUUCCUUGCCCUCCUCGCACCUUGGGUGCUUCGAGCACCCCCGCCUGAACAAGCUGUUGGCGUUCCCUCCCGUUCCCUCGGUCACGCCCAUCGUCCUCCUGCUCAUGGCCACUCGCAUUCUGCGUCGGACGAUGGACGAGCAUCGAGCGCGUAUUUCCCUCGAGCGAGAUCGCAGCGUUGGUAGAACAGCGAGGGCGAACGAGCGUUUUUUGCAACCCAUUUAUCCAGUUCGACUCG